GUCCCUCUGAUGGGGUGGAGGUCCGUCCAGCUUCCUGAGGGCAGCCGGAAGGCCCUGGUCGUCAGAGGCCUGUUCGGCGCGGCGGGCGGCUCAGUUUUGUACCUGGGAUGUGCCCACAACUUACCGCUGACCUUUGACCUGAAACUGGCAGUAGGGUUUGCAUUUGUUGGUGUGUGUAUCGUAGGUGGAAUCCUGUCCUCGUCCUUCAGGUGUACCAUCCUCCUCACGUUACCCAGCAUCCUCGGCUCUCGUGGCCGUUCCUACCUCAUGGUUAUGAUUGUGAUGAUUCUGUACAGAGGUCCGAUCUCGAACAUGGAGCGGAACGCCGAGGCGGCGGCGCUGUCGCUCAGCUGCAACCUGGACCUGCAGGUGCAGCACAGCAGGGUGCUGUGGCGGCUCGCCGCCAGGCCCUUCCUGCUGGUUGCCAAGCAACUGAUGAAAGAUAAAGUGGAGUUUGAGUCGGACUCUCUGGACAUCAGUAAGAAGUUCCAGAACAUCCGGGACGAAGUUCUGCUGCAGUACGGAUAUGAUCCGAUCCAACAGAAACCCGGCGGCGCCGCCCAGGGAAACAGCACCCAGGAGCAGUUCGCCUCCAACACCAGGAGGCGCUGUGACGGUGUGGUGAACGAGGGCAUCCGGCGCUGCGCUGGUUGGUUCAGGCAGAAGUGGAGUGAGUGCAUGAAAGCCAUUCCUGUUCCCAUCAUCAACCACAUCCUCUGUGUUUCAAUGAAAUUCGACUUCCUGUGUGAUGUCAUGAGAAUCAUGACUCCGUGGUGCAGGGAGCAGAUUCCUGUGGAGAGGAACUUCGGUCAGCUGUACGAUCGGCUCAACAUUUCCAUGGAUCGUCUCUCCAGAGAGUUCCGCACCGAGGUCAUGGUCCAGGAGGAGCAGCAGCAGUCGGUUCUGGACGGAGUUCCGUUGGACCGGGUCUUCACUGAGGCCGUGAGGGAAUCCUUCCAGCGCCUGACGAAGAGGAUGGACCAGGGGGUGAAGGUCCUGCAGAUGCUGCUGUCCUUCACCUUCGUCACCGUCUUCAUCCAGGCGGUGCAGUACCUCCGCUCCUACAGGACAAACAUCUCUUUUGACAACGUCUACAUCACCUCCUACUUCAGACGGAUCGACGAGCGCAGGAGACGAGCGGGGAAACAUUUCCUGCUUCCUCUCAGAAAGUCGGAGAGAAAGCGGUUCAUCGCCCCGAUGAGUCUGAAGAUCAACUCUGACGAGCUGACACAAGUGGCCUCAGGAGGCUUUCAGGUUCUGGCCAUCUCACUGCUGUCCGUACUCUUGCUGGCCAUCGACUUCUCCCUGUUCCACGUCCUGGACAUCAUCAGCAGACACACCUUCACAGAGUUCAACAUCACAAGCAGCCAUCACAUCGACAUCAGCGUGGGCGGAGACACCAUGAUGGCCCGCCUCCUGCGCACCACCAUCUCUGGCUUCAACAGCUCCUCUGAGACCAACGUCCAGAGCGACAACCGCGCAUGCAUGUCCCCCCCCUCCCGCCUCCCUUUUGAAGCGUAUGCGAGCUGUGUGGGUUGUGUCCUGGUGGUGGCGCUGUUCAGCUGUGUCCAGGUUUACACCAACCGCCUGCGCCGCGUCAUCGCAGCUUUCUACAACCCAAAGAGGGAGAAGACGCGCGUUUUGUUCCUCUACAACCUGCAGCUCCACAGACGGCUGUCGUCCCCCAAAAGGAGGACGCACAUCAGCCGAGGACGGAGGACGGGGACGAUGUUUCAGCGCCUGACCAGGUGGGGGCGCCGUCUCUUUCGUCACCCCCGGCAGGAUGCCUCAGACCAGGAGGAGACUCACUACGCUAGCAGCUAGCCGCUAGCCGCCAGCCGGGGAUCCGCCUGGAGACGCUGUCACUAACGUUCAUCAUCCCAAAUAAAACGCGACCUCCUCCUACAUGACUGGAGACAGAAACCGGAGAUAAAUGUGAUGCAAAGAAAAUCAUCUGGAAGAACGACAACUUUCCCUGAAAUGUCAGCCAUAUUUAAGAGGCUCUUCAGAACAAACAGGCCACAGCAAAUGAGUCAAUAAUGCAAUAAAACGACAGAUCUGAUCUGAGUCAGAGUUCAGAGUCUUCACACCAA